GCCUGUCAGCAGUCACAUCAUAUUCUAGGGCUGAUCACCACUUGCCUGCACAACAACCCAAUCUCCCAACCUCCACAUGCGCGGCUCCCAUUCGCUACCUGGCCUGCCCCGCUGGUUCGGAUACGCCCUCACCCCUAUGGCUCGAAGCGCUCUUAUUCACCUCUCGCGUCGCGAUGUUCGUCGCAGAGGCACGGCCCUUGGCAGCAGAUAUUGUGGCAGGGGCUGGCGAUGUCUUUGUUUCGUUGACGGCACUCUGCCACCUUCCUCUCGCCCGCAUUCCUUCACCGUUCCAGCCGCACUCGUCUCACCUCCCUUCUCGCCUGGCCCCCGUCCUCUGCUAUUCGGAGUGCUCGUCCCGUCCCGCCACUCUCGCCCGCGCCCACCUCAUUGGCCGCGUGCAAGCCUCCUAGCCGGGACUUCCUGCCGCCCAUGGUAUGUCGGCCGACAGCCCACCGCCGAUAUCGCCGCUCAGCCGGCAGACGCGUCCUAGCGUCGACGGUCCGUUAACAGAUCCGUCUGAUGGCGAGUGGCUGACGGCUAAGGGACGGGCCGGCCGGCAGGUGGGGGAGCAGCAGACGGGGGAGCGGCGGUGGCGCGCGCGGUGGCAGGAAGCGGCGGUGGCGGGGGCGAGGCCGCAGGAGCGGUGGGGGCACUCGGCUGUGGUGUGGGACGGCAAGCUGGUCGUGUUCGGGGGGUGUUUCGGCGCGCAGCACUUCUCCACGGUGCUGGCGCUGGACCUCGCGGCGCUCGCCUGGUCGCCGCUGUCGGCGCACGGCUGCCUGCCACCGCCCUCCGACUGCCACUCCGCCACGCUGCUCUCGCACAGCCGCAUGCUCGUCUUCGGCGGCACGGACGGCACGCGCAGGCUGCACUGCGCGCACCUGCUGCACCUGCCCUCCAGGCGCUGGACGCGCGUGGGGGGCGGGGCAGGGGGCGGGGACGUACGGGCAGGGUGGGUGGAGGGGGGGAGUGUGAUUGAGGUGGGCGGUGUGAUGGAGGAGGGGGGAGUGGAUGGGAGUGGGAUGGAAGGAAGCGAGAGGGGGACGCAGGGAGGCGGAGGGGCGAUGGAGAGUGGCGCGAGCAGCAUGGAGACAGCAGUGGCGGGGAGGGGAGGAAGGAGGGCGCAGGUAGCGAGGAGGGGCAGUGGCGAGUCGCAUGUGUCGAGCAGCCGGGGGGCGAGGCACGGUGGGGUGGGGGGAGGGGGUGAUGGAAUCAUGUGGCUCAUGACACAAGACAGCUGUGACUAUAACGAUGGGAGCAGCAUGGCAGUUGGGAGGAGUGGAGGAUUGGAGCGAAACGCCAUACCAGAAGACGAUCAAAUUGCUGCUGUGCACCCACCUGCAAGGGAGAGCCACGUGGCAGCUGUUGUGUGGCUGCCACGGAGAAGGGGGCAGUUGGAGGGAGGGGGAGGGAGUAUGGUGGAGUGGAGGGAGACGGUGGUGGUGUUCGGUGGCACUGGGGACGAGGAGGGAGGGGCGGGCGAGAGCGGGUGGGAGGGGGAGGGAGGGGGAGAGGGGCGCCGCAUGGACAGGCAAGGAGCGGACGAGUUGGGGGGCGGUGAGAGAAGCGCAGGGGGAGGCAGCGCGGGUGGCGGGGGGGGGGAGGGCGCGGGCAGGGGGCGGUACCUGAACGACCUGUGGGGCCUGGACGUGCGCUCCAUGGCAUGGUGCCGCCUCCAUGGGGCCCAUGAAACGCCACUUCACGGGCAUGCGCCAUGUGGCGUGCACCACCACAUGUCACGUGGCACGGCACGCCACCCUCCGCCCUGUGCGCGCGACAGCCACAGCAUGGUGGCGAUGGGCGGGGCGGGCGAGCAGCAGGCGCUGGUGGUGUUCGGAGGGGACUGCGGGGCGCGCUACCUCAAUGACCUGCACGUGCUGCACGUCGCCUCGCUCUCCUGGCGCCCGAUAUCACCGGCAGCAGGAGCGGAGUGGCCGGCGCCAAGAGCAGGCCACUGUGCCGUCGCUGUCACGCCCUCCCAGAUGCUGCUGCUGGGAGGGGUGGGCGACACUGGCUGCUUCACUGACACGUGGCUCUUUGACUUGCCCUCUGCCACGUGGCACCAGCUGCUUCCACCAAUCACAGCCAGCCCUGCCGGACUGGCACGAGCCGCGGAGGGGGAGCAGGUGGGUGCAAGCGGUGCAGCGGAGGAGGAGGAGGCGCAGCAGCAGCCGCGGGCGUGCUUCUCCCACACGGCCAGCCUGCUGCCCGAUGGCACCGUGGCUGUGUUCGGGGGGUGUGGGCGGGACGAGCAGCCGUGCAGCGACCUCAUGCUGCUGCGCCUGCACUUCUCGGCCGCCAGUCCUCCGCCUCUCUCCCCGCGCGCCCCCUCAUCCCCCUGGCUGCCCGCCCCUGCUACCACCAGCAGCCCCCCUGCCGCUGCUGCUGCCAGCUGUGGUGAGGGCGAGGAGAGGAGCUUCGUUGACGAGAUAGCGGAGAUACUCAACCAAGGUCAGGGGCUCUGGCGUCGACAGGGGUUGCGACCGAGAGGGGUUGCGGCCGAGAGGGGUUGUGAGAGAGAGGGGCUGUGGGCGAGAGCCACACACUGUGCUGUGCAGGGAUGCUGCUUCGUGGAAUCUCAAGCCCUGUAUCCGUGCAUUGAGGGGCGCUGCCAGUACAGCAGGUGUGCGGUGCGCAUCGCGUGGGUGAUGGCACUCCCUCUCGUGUCUCACGUCGCCCUCAAGGGCCAUGCCUCUGUGUGUGCAUGUUCCUUGUGCGCUCUCUCCUUUUCCUUCCCAAUCUUCCGCUCCUUCCCCUCGGCUCCCCUUGGAUUGCCUUCUCUCCUCCCACGCUCGUCAGGUGCUCCAUCCACCGCCCUACCAAGCACCGUUCUCUGUAGCAGCCUGCCCCAGUUGCACCCUGCGUGCGUUGUGGGGGAAGACGCAGCCCCAGCAGGAGGGGGUGGGCAGCAGGGGCGGCCUCGGGGGCGGCCGCGGCGGUACGUGGUGUCAGAGGCGGGGGAGCGGAUGGUGCGGCAGGCGCUGAGGGCCAGAGAGACAGGGGGAGGCGGGGAGGUGGGCGGUGGGAGUGCGGGGGUCGCCGUGAGGGAGACAGGCAGUGCUCUGGCGGCGCGAGAGGUGGCAGCAGGUGGCGAUGGCAGUUUGGGGAGAGGGGGGGAGGAGCGGGGUGGUGGGGGCGACGAUGGGGGCGAUGUGAGUGGGUGGGGGGCGGCGGUGAGAGGCGGUGCAGCCACGGCGGGCAACAGUGCCAGCAGGGGUGCUGGCAGGCGGGCCAAGCUGCAGGCCAAGCGAGCAGGCAGCGGAGGCAAGGGACGGGUUGGCGAGGUGCGGGGAAGGAGUGGGGCGGGAGGGAGUGGUGGAAUAGGUGGGAGUGGUGAGGUGGGUGAAGCGAGUGGAAUGGGAGAGGGUUGUGGGGCUUGGCUGUGUCGGUCGGAGCUUGAGGCUGCUGAUGAAACUCAGCAUGCCGCCUGUCCUCCUGCUGCUGCUGCCACAGACCGUGAAACGCUGGUCGCAGCUCAGCAGCAAAGUGGCAUGGCAUGGGCGCACAAGGGUAGCAAGUCUGCUGCAGAUACAGCUUCUGCUGCUGCUCUUGCCAGUGGUAGCAUGCUGCACGCUGGUGGCUCAUUCAAGGACGGCACCCUCCCAGUCUCCUUGCACAUGCCGGCUCCCCUCUGCGCCACGCCCGCUGCACCACUGCAGCUCCACUCGCCAAAUGGCCACCCUCCCGAGCACCACCUCGCCGUGCCACUACCCCACUCCACCCGUCCAAUCGUGGCGCUCCAUGGUCGCCCCGUGGGAGGGCAGACAGCCCACGGCACGGCAGGCUGUGGCGGUGGGGCAGGGCAGCGCGGAGGAGAGGUGGGGGUGCGAGGGGACGGCAGGGGCGAGGGGGGGGUAUGGCAGGGAGGCGAGGAGGGGGAGCAGGGCGCGGUGGCGAUGGCGGGGGAGGUGGGGGCGGGUGCUGCUGCGCUGCACGGCGGGCAGCGCUGGCCGUCGCACGCGCGCCUGCUGCACCUUGGCAUCGGCCACGUCGUGUGCUGCCCUUCAGGGGCGUCCCUAUCGGUGCGGGUGGAUGGCCACUUUGACGGCGGAGUGACGCUGGCAGCACGGGUCAACGGCCACACGCUCACUGGCGUGCUGCUCGCACCCCCCGCCCUGCGAUCGCUUCUGCUCUCCCCGCCUCCCCCUCGCCCAUCCCACGCACCCCCGUCCCUCUCGCCUGCCCUCCCCCCAUCCCGGCCCUCAUCCCCACCCGCCACUACGCCUGCCACCAAUGGCCGCCUCACACCUGCCGCUACCCCUGCUGCAGACUCUGCCGCUGUCAACACCAGAGGCUGUGGCAGUCUCACUGUUCCCAGCACUGGUGGUGGCUCCGCUGCUGCCGUUGUGCUGCUCGCGCCAGCAGCGGUGGCAGCAGCAGCCGCGUGCAGUGUGUCCACGCACUCUGGCCCCACGCCUUCGGCAGCAUCCGCUGACACACACACACAGAAGCCCGGUGGUGGCGGCAGGGGUGGCGGGGGGAAAAAGCGACAGCGAGGGGGAGCAGGUAGAGGAGGUGGUUGUGGUGGGGGGAGGGGGGGGCAGAGAGGGAGGGGGAAGAGGGGCAAGCAGAGUGCGGGUGGGGCAGGGGCAGACGAAGCGGAGGAGGCGAGGGAGGGCGAGGUGGCAAGGCGGAGCAAGGCCCGGGCAAGGAAGGGGCAGAUGCGGGGCGAGGGGUCGUGGGGAGGCGGAGGGAUGGAGGAGAGGGGGAGAGGGGAGGAGAAGGUAGUGCAGGUGGUGAUGGCGGGUGGGUGGGUGGAGCAAAUGGCAGCGCAGGGGACACAGGAGAGGCAAGGCGUGGCGGUGACAAAGCACGAAGGAGGGGCGAGAAGGGAGGGAGGUGGCAGAGGCGAGUGGGUGAGAGAGGAGCAGCAUAGAGAGUAUGAGAGGAAAGGCAGACGAGAGGCACUGGUGCCACAGAUGCAGGAGCAACAGCAACAACAGCAGCAGCACCUGCUGCAGCAGCAUGUGUUGGGUGAUGAGAGGGCGGGGCUACAUCCCAAUGCCGCCCUGCACCCAUCACGUGCUGCGGUGCACACGCCACUGCACCUGCCCUCCAUGCCAUCCCAUGCCCCGCGCACAGCACUGCUGCCCCCACAGCACUGCGAAAGCACCAUGGCACGCUGCGGCAGUGGCCACGAGUUGACGCACGGGGAAGGGGGAGAGCAGUGGCGAGCAGUGGGGGGCGUCAGUGCACUGCCAGAGGAUAUGGAGGCGCGUGCAGGAGGAAGGGGGGUGGGGGGGAGAGGGAGAGAAGAGGGCAUGCAGGAGAGAGAGCACGAUGGCGGGUUGGCAAAGUGGUAUGGAGGCAUGCAUGCGAGCGUGCAGGGAGAUGUGCGGCUGCAGUUGCAUGCGGAUACAGACGGAGGAGAGUCGAGAGGCGGGCAGCAUGGCAAUGGUAUGGAGGCAGGCAAGGGGGGGGCGGGGCUUGAUGCUCCUGCUGCGAUGGCGACGGCUCACGAGGCUGAGGCCGCCCACGGCGCUGACAGCUCUCGCGCCUUGCACGGCCCUCAUGGCCCUCUUGACAAUCAUGGCGCCCAUAUCUGCCACGGCGCCCCUCACCCUCGUGGCGCGCACGGCAUGAGCAGCAUGGAGCAGUGGAUGGCGGAGCUGCAUGCCGACGUGGACGCUGCACACCAGCAUGCCCUGCAUGCCACUGCUGGGGGUGGCGCUGCAGGCAUGGUGCACGGUAUGGCAGCACAGCCGCACGCCCAUGGCGACAUGUCUCCCGGAUUGCAUCAGUGGGGCAGCAGCACAGGUGGCAGUGGCAGCGGCAGCGGCAGUGGGGACUGGCAGCUGAUCGCAUCCCCGCCCUCCCCUCUGCACCUCAUGGGCUUUGGCUCCUCCCUCCACUCCCCCUUGCUACACCCUCUCUCACAACCCCUCACUCACACAUCCCCCUCCUCCCCUCCCUCGCUGCACCUCUCCCCUCUCUCCCUGCCACCGCUCCUCCUCCCCCCUCUCCACCUCCCCCCCUUCCCCACCUCCGACCACGUGGGGUCAUCCCCCACGCCCCACGCGCCCCAAGCCAGCCGCCUCUCGCACUCGCAGGGCAGCGCGCCCAAGGACCGCACAGGGGCAGGCGCAGGGAAGCAUGGCCGGCAAGGGGAGGCUGGGAGGGGUCCUGUGGGCGGUGGUGGCACGAGAAAUGGCGAGGGGGUGGGCAUGCACGAUGGUGGUGGUGGCCACAAGGACGGCGAGUCAGGGUCGAAUGGGGGUGACAGCCCUCAUUUGGAGCUGAUCAGGUUCUCUCCUCUGCACUGCUGAUUGCACGCACUGCGGGGACUGUGCACCUCUCAGGUGUCAAUCAAGUUGUCAAAAUUUAGGGAUUGAAACUAGUUGAAGUGUUUUGUACCUUUGUACAAACAUUGUAGAGAGCUGUGAGUUUUAUGGUGUAUCAAUAAUGGAGACAGGCAGCCAAGAGCACACAAAACGGAUACCCGUUGAGCACAAGUGGAGCUGAGUGUUAAAAUUAUAUAUUGAGUUAUAUAAUGUGUAGGCUUGGUAGAUUAGAUGUUACUGAACAUUGC